GAAAAGAGAGAAUGGGAAGAGAAAUGGAAAAAAGAGGAAUUGGAAAGAAGGAAGAAGGAAAAGAGAGAAUGGGAAGAGAAAUGGCGUAAAGAAGAAGUGGAAAGAAGAGAGGGAGAAAGAAAAGAAUGGGAAGAGGAAAGAAGAAAGGAAGAGGUGGAAAGAAGGGAGACGGAAAAGAGAGAGUGGGAAGACGAGAGGAGACGCCAAGAUGUGGAAAGAAAAGAGAAAGAGAGGAGAGAAUUGGAAGAGGAAAGGAGGAAGGAGGACGUCCAACAUAGAGAGAGCCUGCAAGAAGAUAACACCGAUAUGAUGGCACUCCCCUUAGAUCUUGAUUGGCCAGACUGGUCCCUGGACAGUCCAACAACUAGCCAAGCAAGUAGCGGAUGGCAAAGUACUUCCUUUAAACAAAGCAGUGAGAAUUGGCAAUCUCAGAUGAACGAGGUAAACUUAGAACAUACGUUUAUAGUUACAGGGGUAUCGUGACCACUUAUUCCCAGCCUAUUGUCUUUUACAGACAGUGAAAAAAAUGGAAUCAACCCUUGCAGCAUUUAUGGCUGAAACAAGGAUCGCAUUGCAGAACUUGGAUGACCGCAUGAGGAAGUUUGAAAAUCCUGAUCUUCUACCUGCACAUUCAACUCCAUUUUCGGUAAAUAUUGUUUUCUGAAAUGUUUAAUUACCGGGUAAUAAUUAAUUGCAGCAUUACAGAGAUAAUAGUGAUGUUUCCGAUAAUCAGCAACUGUUCACCGAAGUGGAGGUGGGUAGUGGUGGAUAUAUUUUCUGAGCCACGAAUAGUUGUUUUGGUAUAUAGUACUGAAAACAGUGAGAUAAUAUAACAAAAACAGAUGAUUUUAACUCAUUUAUUCCUGCAAAGACUACAACAUUUUGGGGCGCAAAUUGCGCGCGAAUUGCUCGCAGGUGAAUAGCGAAGGAUAUCCGGAGUUUGAGUAGCCUAUCAGCGCGCCUGAUCAAUGCUAUCCACUGGUUUAGUAUAUAUCAACAACGAUUAUAAUAACUUGUCAGGGGCUAAAUUUGAUUGCUAUAUCGAUAGUUUGGCCGGCUUCUGACUCACGAUAGUUCUGAGAUAUUCACUGGGCCAACAAUUAUAAACGUUUUUUUUUGUUGCUGUGAGUGCGUUGUAAAGCAUCUUAUACUAUACGGCUGGAACAAAGGACAACGAAAGUACCUCAUAUUUCUGAUAUUUAUUUCUUUAAUUGUGUCACAAUUAUAGGGUAGCAAAAAACGUAGGUGUACACCGACAAGCACUCCAAGCACAUCGUCUGAGUUGCAGUCCUUGAAAGUUUUGACACCCUCCACCCGAUCAAAAGUUUCCCAGUUGCUAGACACAAGCACUGAAAGACAUAAAGCAGCUCUGAAGAUAUUCGCUCUCCACUUCUCAAAAGAGGAAUUAGCGACUUCCAAUUGUUCUGGAACGUCAGAAAAAAAGCAGCUUGACCCCAAGCGCCUGACUCUUGUGAAACGUAAGCGCAACCAUUAUAUUUUAGUUUCUGAAAAACCUAGAAUUACAGCCACAUAUUAAAUGUAUCAAGUUUUAGUGAUCUUCUUACUUGGUGACCCCAAGGUUUGUCAGUGACAAAUCCCAAUGGGUGCUUCACUGCCAAAAAGAACAUAAUACCAAAGAUAUUGUUGUAAUUUUAAAACUUUGAUAAUAUAAGAUAUUCCUUGGGGUUUUGUUCGUUUAAAAUUAAUUUAUUUAUUUUCAAAUAACAUCUUAUUGUAUCUUUCUCCCUAGAAAUUGUUAUGGAAAAAUUUCCACCCGAGGAGAGCGCAGGUGAAACUGAAGAGAGUGUUUGGAAGAGUAUCUGUAAGAGGAUUGACACAAAGUGCCGCGGACAGAAAUUCGCUGAAAAGUACGCGGUCAAACAGCCUCAAUAA